AUGAGCUUUUUCAAAAAGCCCGAGUGGGCAAUCAAGAAUACGAAGGAUACUGGCACUGAUUUUUAUCGACGCUCAGAACAAACAUACUCUGAUAUCAUUGCUGCGAACCGUGAAGCACACCGAAAGCAGCCGAAAACACCGGAAAUCCCAGAACAUACUGAAGACACCGAAGAUACCGAAGACAUAGACCGGAAGAAGCGGCGUCGACUUUCUGCGGAGAAGGGGAAAGGGCGCGCUGAUAGCCGUCCAGUGCGGGAUGCGAGCCGUGAGAUUGAUAAUGUCAAAAGUGUGUUACCAGAGCCACAGGAGCUCUCGAGUCCCUCGCAUAAUUCCUCACCCCAGUCAGCCAAGUCAGUCAAGCAAUGCGAGACAGCCCAAAUACGCAGCCCAGAAAAGAGCUUGUCUCAGUCACCACAGAAAGCAAGUGGUACGAAACCACUAGGCGCUCUGCCUGUUCAACCAGUGAUUGUCCUGGCGGAUGACUCGGAAAUUCGAAGCCCUCAGCCUGUUCAACCUCCACCCCCUCGACCUGCUGCUCAACCAGCAAAAGUUCCAGCGGAUGAUCCGGUCGUCCAGAUUAUUAUUACAUCUGAAAUUCCGGACACCAAACCAUUACUCGUCCAUCGAAAAAUGUCACAGCGACUAAGGGAUGUUCGGUUGGCAUGGUGCAAUCGCCAAAAUCUUGAUCCGCAUAUACAAUCAUCGAUCUACCUGACCUGGAAAGGACGACGUCUAUUCGACGUGACAACUUGCAGGAGCCUAGAUAUAAACACCGGGAAGAAGUCUGCGGCGAUCCUUGACAUUGAUGACGACUCUGCAGACCAGAAAGCGCUGCGUAUACAUAUGGUAGCAGUUUCCGAUUUACCUGUUCAGGUCAAUCAGCAAGCUACCUCGCCUGAUAAUGACAGGCCCCCUACAGCGUCGCAAUCCCCAGAAGAUGAUCAGGGUGAGCCAAUGAAACUUAUUCUGAGGAGUCUUGGAUACGAAGAUUUCAAAAUCAAAGCAAGACAAAAAACUGUGAUCUCACGACUCAUAUCUGCUUUUCGGGAUAGACAGAACAUUUCUGUUGACCAUGAUAUCUUCCUCCUGUUUGAUGGCGACAAACUAGACCCCGAUCUAUGUCUUGGCGACUAUGACAUUGACGAUCUAGAUCUGUUGGAUGUCCAGAUCAAAUAA